AUGCAUGGACUGACGAGGCCCCGACUCCUUCAGAUGCCUAUCAAGGAUUUCGCCAGAGAGGAAGACAGGAAGUACCAGAUGGAUAAGUACACUGCCAAAGGCUUCAGCUAUGAAAGAGCACUGGCCGAUACAGAGAAGCUGGCACCAAAAGUGAAUACACUCUUGGUCGAGUUUGAGGAGCUCCUGCGAUCAGACAAAACGCUGAAUGCAUUCGGCCACUCCUGGGACGACCUCUACGUGCUGCCCUCCCUGCGCGUGCUGACCUGCGUGAAAGAUCUUGUCUGGCCGGCGAAGGUCCGAGCAUAUGUGGAGCAGAACCAUGCCGACGCCGGUGUGGCAUGCUACUUCGAGCAUGCAUGCUAG